AUGACUUCUCCCGUGUGGCUUAUCACCGGCGCCUCCAAUGGCUUCGGCCUAGAGAUGUGCCUUCACGUCCUCCGUGCGGGGCACCGUGUCAUCGGCUCCGUCCGCAGUAAGACCAAGGCCGCCACAGCGGUUCAGCAAAUCGAGCAAGCAGGAGGCACCAUCAUCGAGCUGGACAUGACUGAGUCCCAAGCCAGCAUUGCCUCCAAGAUCCACCCCCUCGGCCGCAUUGACUACCUCGUCAAUGUCGCAGGCUACUCCAUCCUAGCUGCCUGUGAGGAUAUCACGGAGAAGGAGGCUACUCUCCAGAUGACUACGAACUUCUUCGGCCCCCUGUAUACCCUGCAGGCGGUCCUUCCGGCCAUGCGCGCCCAGCGCUCGGGCACUAUUGUCAAUAUCUCUAGUGGUGCUGCGCAGGACCCUUUGCCGGCUUGCUCCUUGUAUAGUGCUUCCAAGGCUGCGUUGGAGGCUGCUUCGGAAGCGCUGGCUAAGGAGGUCGCUCCUCACAAUAUUCGUGUGCUGAUUGUUGAGCCGGGCAAUUUCCGUACUAACUUCGUGGGGGCUUUGGCUGACGCAAGCCCUGACCCAACAACUGUCGCCCCUCACUAUGACGACCCCGUGGGAAUGGUGAUGCGUAAGUUCCUUACCGUCCAUGGUAAGCAGCCUGGCGAUCCUCAGAAGGGGGUUGAGCGCAUCUUCGAGGCUGUCACCGGUACCGGAAUGGCCGGUCCCUUGGCGGGCAAGAUCUCGAGACUCGUGCUGGGUGGCGAUGCGUAUGCGAGAAUGCAGAAGAGCUGCGAGCGAUUCGGUAACGAUCUGAGUUUGCAGGAGGAGGUCGCUUUGAGCACCAACUAUGCCUAG